AUCAAGAGUCCUGUUCAAUUCAGUCUCUGCCUCUCUGGUUAUCAGUUUUGAUCUUUCGGAGGAGGUUUCUCUCAGCAGAGGUUACUGUGUGCUGAGUGCUUUAAGCAUUAUUAAAGAUUGUUCCUUUUAGCCUUUUUUUUGUCUACGUACCUGGGCACCCUGCGACGUUAGGUCAGACAGAAUAUGUCCCUUUUACUUGCUUAAUUGAGUGGCGAUCUCGGGCAUGCUUUGAUAUUUUGAUGGUUGGAGAGAUGGGUUUUCUUCUAUUUGCCCUCUCGAGGAGCUGAUUUUAUUUCUACUCCGCCUAUUGAUUUUGGGAGGAGGUGUGUUGCUGCUUGUGAAAAUGAAGGAGUUUCCAGGAACACCUGGAACUUUGGGUGCCCUUCUUCUUCGAAUAUCACAGUGUUUAUUUGCAGCUGGUUCAAUAGCUUCAAUGGCGACUACAUCCCACUUCUUCCAAAUCACUGCCUUUUGCUAUCUGAUGGCUGCAAUGGCUUUGCAAUCUAUUUGGAGCUUUGCACUUGCAUGUUUGGAUUCAUACGCCUUGGCAAGAAACAAAGUACUCCACAAUCCUAUUUUGGUCAGCCUCUUUGUGGUUGGAGAUUGGGUUACGGCAACAUUGUCUCUUGCAGCAGCAUCUUCCUCGGUAGGUAUAAUAGUCUUAUACACAAGAGAUUUUGGACUCUGGAAGGGAGAGGAAUGCCUGAAAUACCAGAUAUCAGUCUAUCUGGCCUUCUCCAGCUGGAUAAUGGUUGGAAUAUCGUCUUUUAUAAUGUUUUGGGUUCUUGCUGCAGGUUAAACCUUAUACUGUAUAUUGUUAUUAUUCUAGUGAGAAUGUGGUUUGGUCAAAUGAAAUUCAUAUUUUUCAAAACACAUUUCAGUCUUUAAUGAAAAAAUAGCUCAUCACCCUGAGACCACCCUGCCCCAAAGAAGAGCAUUGUACAAAUUGUGUUAUCUCUGGUUUAGCAAAGCAGUAGAAUUAAAAAGAAUCAAUUUGAAGAUUAAUGACAGGAUUAUCUGAACAA